UUUUUUUUUCUCUUUUCUUUCUUUCUUGUUGUUAUUACUUUAUUUGACAACAAUAAAAAGAAAAGAAGAAAAAAAAUGGAAGAUUCUAUUAGUAAUAGUUUUGAAGAUUUGGAUAUGAGUAAAGUGAUCCAUGAAGGAAAUAUAGCUAGUAAAAAAAAAGGUGCUCAGCAUGUUCUUAAUUAUAAUAAUAGAACUUGCCGUCAUGUAACUAUUAAACAGAUAAAGAAUGUAACAGUUCAAAAUGGAGACCAGUUUUUUAUUGAUCAACAAGAGAUUACAAAUAUUUCUAUUAUUGGUAUUAUUCGUACUGUUAUUAAGCAUGAAAGUCAUAUUGCAUUUUCUAUUGAAGAUGGUACUGGUAUGAUAGAUGCUCGUUAUUGGACUGACUUGAAAUAUAAUAAUUCAACCGAAGAAGAAAUAAAAGACGAUAAAGAAGUUCAAGAUAUCUUCAGACGUGAUUGCUAUGUAAAACUCUUUGGACGUAUACAACAUGUUAAUCAACGUACAACUUGUGUAGUCACUUGUAUUGUGCCUAUUGAAGAUUUUAAUGAAAUGACGUUCCAUUUUUUAAGUGCUAUUCAUUCUCAUUUAACUUUCUCUAGUCAAAACACUUUAUCCUCUGUUUCUUUAUUCUUAUCAAAAACAAAUGCAAAUGAAAUUAUAAAAAGAGCUAUUCAAUCUUAUGGUAAUCAUGAUGUAGGCUGUCAUAUUCAAGCUCUUAUUUAUAAUUUAAAAGAUGAAUUUAACGAAACAAAAAUAAUUCAAACCAUUGAAGAUUUAUCAAGUGAAGGUCAAAUUUAUACUGUUGGAGAUGGCUUUUUUAAAUUAAUAAAUAAAUAAAUAAAU